CGGCCAUGUUGGAUCACAGUGUGGACGAAUAAGUGAGGAGAGAAGAGGCAGACCGAGGAGCUGAGAAGCUGCGCUGAUAAUGAACAGACAUACGAGGACAUUUCUAGCUUGCAUGCUAAAAGUCAGAAAUGAUUUGUCCUCCAGCAGCAGGACUUCCUGUCCGUGUCCUCAAAGAUGCACUGUACCGAUACGGGCUCAGUCCACCGGAGUGAAAACGCGCUCGUAUCUGCAGUAUGUUAAAAGGAAAAUAAUCGCACCCAAAGCUCCCCCGUACAGUCACGUGUGUCAGGUCGGAGACCCGGUGCUGCGUUGCAGAGCUGCAGAUGUGGAGCCGGAAGCUGUACAGGGAGCGGAAGUGCAGCGCGUCAUUAGCACCAUGGUAACGGUGAUGCGCAGGCUGAAGUGUGUGGGACUGAGCGCGCCGCAGCUCGGGGUUCCUCUGCGCAUCGUCGCGUUGGAGUAUUCCGAGAACAUGCUACAUGAGAACCCUCCGGCUGCCAUCGAAGCCCGCGGUCUGGUCGCAGUGCCCCUGAAGGUCUUCAUUAAUCCUCAGCUCCGUGUGCUGAGUGGACACACUGUCACCUUCCAGGAGGCCUGUGAGAGCAUCUCGGGCUUCUCGGCUUCCGUCCCACGUUACACCUCUGUCGAGGUUUCAGGUCUGAAUGAAAAAGCUGAGCCUGUCACCUGGCAAACGAGUGGCUGGCCAGCAAGGAUAUUACAGCACGAGAUGGAUCACCUCGAUGGAAUUCUUUAUGUUGACCGCAUGGACAGUAAAACGUUUAUUAAUGUUAACUGGGAGGAAUACAAUGAAUAACUGCAUA